AUGAACAGAUUCAAGCCCGGUAACUAUUUUUUCAUUGUGCCCUGGGUAGCAUUCAUUCCAUGGUACGGAAUGCUGAUUGCAAUGCUGAUAUGCUGGGCAGGACAGGGCCAUCCAAUUUACUGGUUCAUGCAUACAGAGCAAUUCCCAGUUUACAUCUCAGAUAUCGGAGCCACUAAUCUUCGGCCUUUGUUCAUUUCAUGUGCAGGCUGGCAAGGUUUGGGCUACUGCAUUACGAUUGCGUGUGAAUAUUUCCAGCGAAGCGGGCGGUGGCCUUUCCAGCGCACCGCAUUCACCACAAACGCUGUGGCAGACCGUGGUUCUGUUUCUGCAUCCCAGGACACUCUCAAAUCCAAUUACGGCGAUAUGCUGCGGUCCGCCAAGUUUUUGAUGCCACCGUACUAUACCAGGCACGAACGUAACUGCAUCUGGGCCAGCUUUGCUCUGGGUGCUGCCGGCGAGGUGUGCUUGCUGAUGUGCUCAAUUUUCUCUACUGCCCACUACCAUCGCGUUCAUAUCACCAUGGUUGGGCUGUUCUGCGCAUUUAUGUUUUUGUCGGUGUGUUGCAAUGUCGCUGAGUAUUUCAUGAUGGGUAGACACUACGCCCAAUUGCAUCCAUUGGCGAACCCAGAAGACAAGCUUGUGGAGACAAAGUGGAACCACUGGGUUGGUCACCGUUUCAACAAGUACACCAUUAGUGCCAUUGCCAAGGUAAUCUGGUUGGCCGCAGCUCUUGCGUGGGCCAUUGCAUUUGGUGCCAUCCAAGAUAAUUCCAAGAGUGCCUGUUUUGAAUGGCUACUGGCAUUUUGGUUUGGUGUCGUAUUCAUCAUCAUCUCGGUCGACUUUUACCUUGGAGGCCGCUACAAGUACUCCAAAUACUUCCACCAGGUUACCUCUUUCGAAGGUUACUACAAGUACGACAAACUGGUACCUAACCCACACCAAACAGAAGUUAUCGCUUAG